AUGACAUCACUCAAGAAGAAGAGUAGGAGGAAGCCUUCUUCACACGCCCUGGGGAAUAUUGUUGGCUGCAGAAUUUCUCACGGGUGGAAGGAAGGUAAUGAGCCUGUCACCCAUUGGAAGGCCAUCAUUCUAGGUCAACUGACAACAAACCCUUCUCUUUAUUUGGUGAAGUAUGAAGGAAUUGACAGUGUCUACGGACAGGAGGUCCACAGCGAUGAGAGGAUUUUAAAUCUUAAGGUCUUGCCUCACAAAGUAGUUUUUCUUCAGGUGAGGGAUGUCCACCUUGCCAGCGCCCUGGUUGGCAGAGAGGUACAACACAAAUUUGACGGGAAAGAUGGCUCUGAGGACAACUGGAGUGGAAUGGUGCUAGCCCAGGUGCCAUUCUUACAGGAUUUUUUUUUUUACAUUUCCUACAAGAAGGAUCCGGUCCUCUACCACUAUCAGCUCCUGGAUGACUACAAGGUAGGUAACCUCCACAUCAUUCCAGAGACCUUUCUGGCUGAGGCGAGAUCAGGUGAUGACAAUGACUUCUUAAUAGGUACCUGUGUGCAGUACACCAGAGAUGAUGGAUGCAAAAAGUUCGGAAAGGUUGUUUACAAAGCUCUAGCAAAUCCUACUGUGUACUUUAUCAAAUUUCUUGGUGACCUCCAUAUCUAUGUCUAUACUCUGGUGUCAAAUAUCACAUAA